AUGGCAGUUGACUGCAUCCCUAUGGCCUCAGGCCACAAUCCACACCACCCAUUCACCCAACUCGGCCAAGAUCGACACCAAAACGUGGGGACAAGUAUAGGAAGCAACAAUCCAUACGCCCGCUACAUUUCACCAUCAUCGGCCUAUUCUCGACGGUCGCGUUCCGAGUCUGUGAACUCCGCGCCUUCUAUCUGGUAUUCCGGUACCCCCGAACAUUACCCGGUUGAGCCGAGACGCAAACGCGAGCACUCUGCUCCUCAUCGUCGCCGCAACAACAAGUAUUCCCGCCAUUCACAGCUUGUGCAACCAGAUAUCAUCGACAAGCUGGACGAUGUCACCAAUUUCUCUUAUCAUCACGAGGGUCCGUACGACGCAGCGCGCCCUGAAAGAAACCGCUUUGUUCAAUCCAGCCCACUUGAGGCUGUGAAGGAGUCCAACGCCGAGGCACUCCGGGCGACUCCCAACCACAAAAUCGCCGACGCUCUAAACAAGUACUCUUACGAAGAGGGCUCGAACAUGAUGAACGACUUUGCUGGUAACUUUAUGCGCAUUCCUGGCAUGAAAUUCACCGAUGAGGACUUCAAGAAUGAUCCUUUCUACAACCGUCCCCUGGUGAAUCCCUUCUCUGAACUACGAAGGAAGAUCAGUCUGCGACUCAAGAAACGACGCAACACCAAUUAA